AUGAGAGCUUAUGGGAGAAGAGGUAGAACCGCACCUGCCUUAUCGAUUUCACAAUCGAUGACUCCAGAUAUCAGUUUUAGUCAAAGUGAAAAUGAGGAAAGCGACAACUCUAAUAUUGAGCAAACACACAGUGGAGUGAACACAUCACCUACGCCAUCUGGGAUUAAACUAAGGACAACCUCUUACGAAAUAGUUGGAAACCCCCCAAUCAAAACCGAUACAUCUGUAGGGGACAUAGGAACAACGACAAUAUCCAGUGAUAUAGCUGUACAAGAUGAUGACUUUAACUCAUAUUUUGGGGCAAUUGAACUGGAUCCUUCGUCGGAUAUUAAUAUUCAUUCUCAGAAGUAUGACAUGUCACCUAAAAGAAUUAUUGAAAAAGAUAAAAAAGCUCUACCGGAAUUACAGGCAUUUGAUUUCCUUGACAUGCCUAAAACGGUUACCAAACGUCGCAAAACUAAUUACUACAAACAUGUCGUAUACGACUUAGAUGUACAACAAAGUGAAGAUGCCAAUGUCAUAGAUGAUGCAAGAAGAAUAAACCCUUCAAUGGAUAAGGUGCUCGAAAAUGUCGGAAAAUUUCUUUUGACCCUUGAGCCAAAAAAUGAUCAUUCUCUAGAAGAUAUGUUUAAUGAUGAAAAAAAUACCAGUGAUAAAGAAGAUAUCUACAACACUAGGGUUACAAAGGGACAAAAGGUGUACAAUAGUAGAAGAACACUGUUAGUGAAAAACGGAACCUCUGAAGAUGGGGAACAAAGUAUGGUGGAUGAGUAUCUAGAUGAGAUAGAAGAGAAUCUAAAUAAAGAUACAGAAAGAAAUGAUACAUCUGUUCAUGUUAUCAGAUCUAUAAUACCAAAAGGGAAUGAUAAAACAUACACGUUCAAUGAAUUAAAAAAUAUAGGUAAUUCGUUGAAGUAUCAGGAAGAUUAUGAUUAUUUAACCACUACUUUGCAAAAAAACACUCCAUUGAGUAAUACUAUAUCCAUAUUAUCAGAGUUAAUAUUAGCCAUUAAUGGUGAUGAUAAAUUUUUAUUGUACAUACUGAGACACCACAGCGAUGAAAUAUGUAAAUGGUGUCUCCAACAAGAUUCUACAGGAAACCAUGAGUUACUGUUAUUGCAAGGGUAUAUCUUAAACCUAUUUCAUAAAGAAUCUGAUUUUUUCUGUGAUUUAGAAAAUGUACAGCAGAUGUUGCUUAAUUUGGCGAAGUGUACAAAGGAGUCAAAAGGGUUGAGAACUAACAAAAAAAUGCAAAAACUGAUGUACUUAGAUUUUCUUAAGGUGAACGGUAAAAAUACAGGCUUAGAUUACGCACUAAAUAUUUGGAAUACUUAUAUUACAAAAUUUUCUACAGAAUAUAUGACCAGGGUAUUACAAUUAUUGAUAGAAAUGGUAGAUACUGAGGAAACAAGAAAUAUUAUUUGCAAUUUAUCAUAUUUUGGUCUUUUACAAACACUACUAGGCACAUUAAAAGGUAAUGGAGAUGAAAAGGAUACUAUUUUUAGAGCAAAACAAGAAAUAAGCAAAAUGUUAAUGAACCACCCUGAUUUGAUUAAUAAUGAUGAGUACCUAAAAUGUAUAGUCAUUAUUACAAAUGAUAGAAAAACAGUCCAAGCAUUUCAACUUAAAACGGCUAAAAGUAUUACGGAUAUAAUACUUCAUAGUAUAAUACAACAUUUGAAAGAGCAAUCGAAGGACAACAAUAAUAAUGCGAUUCUACAAUUAGGUCUCUGUUUAAAUAUCAUUAACGAUAGUCAUACAGACCUAGCUAUCCCGGAUAUUAUGUGGCGUCAAUUAAAGCAGUUUGUUUUCCAAAACGAUGUACAUAAAGUUCAAAUACCAAUAAUACAAAACUUACUUUAUCUGAACUUUGCAUUUCUGACAAUUAUUAAAAAAACACAGACGUCUAAUGGUGCGUCAUUGUUGUCAGAUACAGAAAAAGUACAAAUGAAAAAGGCACUUGAACAAUUCAAAUUUGAUACAAGUAACAUUAACAAAUUUGUAGAUGAAAAAGUUACAUAUGCUAUAUCGGAGGUAAAAAAUAUGUAA